CGAUGUUUGUUGCCAAUGACAGAUGCCUGCUAGCCAAAGUCAUGUCGCUGCUGAAGCAAAGUUGUUGUGUUGCAGGCCGUUUUUCUACAAACCAUCUAUGGCUGAAUUCCAGAGGCGUAACACAUAUUUACAACAACAGUCUGACAACAGUGGCCAAGUCCUCCCCGGACAGAGCUGAUAGAAAGAAGGAGCUCCUGAGUGAGGAUGGCCCUGAUCUGCAAGACUUCAUUUCAGGGGAACUGUCAGAGAAGAGCAAGUGGGCUGAAUACAAAGGCAACCUGAAGAGAGAGAAAGGAGAGAGGCUGCGGCUUCCUCCAUGGCUGAAGACAGAGAUCCCCAUUGGGAAAAACUACAACAAGCUGAAGAACACACUAAGAGACCUCAACCUGCACACGGUGUGCGAGGAGGCCAGGUGUCCUAACAUUGGGGAAUGCUGGGGGGGAGGAGAGUUUGCCACAGCUACAGCCACCAUCAUGCUUAUGGGGGACACGUGUACCCGUGGGUGCAGAUUCUGCUCAGUAAAGACAGCUCGUCGCCCCCCACCUCUGGACCCAGACGAGCCGUACAACACAGCCAAGGCUAUUGCUGCCUGGGGGCUGGACUACGUGGUUCUCACCUCAGUGGACAGAGAUGAUAUUUCUGAUGGUGGAGCAGCACACUUUGCUAUGACCGUCUCCAAUCUGAAGGAAAGGAACCCUCAGAUCCUGGUUGAAUGUCUGACUCCAGAUUUUCGAGGUGACCUGGCUGCAGUGGAGAAGAUCGCCUUGUCAGGGUUAGAUGUGUAUGCCCAUAAUGUGGAGACCGUGAGAGAGCUGCAAAGACAUGUACGAGACCCCCGAGCAAACUUUGACCAGUCUCUGAGCGUCCUGAAGCACGCUAAAAAAGUCAAACCCACUGUGCUCACCAAGACGUCCAUCAUGCUGGGACUCGGAGAGACAGACCAGCAGAUACUCGACACACUGACUGAGCUGCGAGAGGCAGGCGUGGACUGCCUGACCCUGGGUCAGUACAUGCAACCCACCAAACGCCACCUAAAGGUGGAGGAGUACGUUACUCCAGAGAGGUUCGCUCAUUGGGAGAAAGUUGGGAAUGAAAUGGGUUUUGUUUACACGGCCAGCGGGCCUCUGGUGCGAUCCUCCUACAAAGCAGGCGAGUUCUUCCUGAAGAAUCUACUUAACAAGAGAAAAGCAGAGGCAACAGCAGCAGAAUGAAAGGCACCAAUGCAGCAGCUUCUACAACCACUCUGCUUUUUAUCUAGCACCUCCCUGUAAUAACAAAACACAAGUGCAACCCCUGCUCUACCUUACUUUAACACUGUACGCUUGAAAUAGAAGCAACAGAAAUUACUAUAAAGACUCAAGUGAAAUACAGGGACCACUCUUUUGCACUUUCCUCUGCUGUUCAGCUGUUACGGCCCAGAGCUCUGUGUUUAAGAGAGAGAUCAAAGAGGGCGAGCAGAAGUUUGAGGCCAGUAGAGAUGAAGAUAACCUGGGUGCAGACUCGCUCUGUGACACUCCACCAGAAGGAAAUACAACUGUGGUGUAAACCAUUGCUGUAAUUUACAAUCUGUGCACCUCGGGGGGGGGGCCUAAAUCUCAUCCUGCAUGAACUCCCUGCCUUCAGGGGCCCCAGACAUGAUGUGAAGAGCUGCUGAUCUUUAACCUGGAGCUCUGUAUGUGAGCUCUUUGAUGUCUGCUGCUUCAGGACUGAUGUUUUAAUAAGGCAGGAUAAGUUUUUUUGUUUUUUUUUUUGUCAGCAUUCUUGCAGCAGUAAAUGAGAAAUUAUUAAUGAUAAAAAGGUUUUCAACUCCAUUUAUUUGUCUUUAAUUUUAUAUAACAUUAGAUAAGUAGUUUUUCACCUUAUUCAGCCCUUUGUCAUUUAUAGGAAUUUGAUAGUAGUACCUCUACUUAAAAAGAAGUACCUGAUUUCUCUGUUCCUGGUACAAACUCUUUAUGAGAUUAACUCAAAUUUCCCCCUGAACAUUUCUUUUGCAAACUGCUUCAGACCAAAAAAAACUUACAGUGAUUAUUUAAAGGAAUAAUUUACUGGUUUACUUUUUAUGUCAUUUGUUUUCCAAUAUUGAUUGUGAAUAAUAAACACGCA